AUGCUCCGUUCUUUGACCAAAACCAAUAGCAUUUCAGCACAAGCUGCUGCCGCCAUCAGCAAAGCACCUCGCUUUGCUUCAGCUUUCCUUCACACUCAACCUGCUUACGCUGACAACACACCCGAAGACAACGCACCUAUUCACGCCCUUGGAGCACGUCUUGGACUUCAAUCUUUAGACUCCAGCAUUUUAAAGCAAGCAUUAACACACAAAUCCCUCGUUGGACAAAAGAACAAUGCCACCUUAGAAUUCAUUGGUAAGAGAGUCUCUGGAUUAUUCGCCACCGAAUUUGUUCAUUGCAAAUACCCCACUUUACACCCUGGCGCUCUUAAUUCCACCCUUCGCGCCUUUGUCGGAAACAAGUCUCUCAACAAAAUCGCCACUGAAGUUGGUUUACAACACACCAUUGCUUGGAAGGCACCAGAGGAUGAGAGUGUUAAAUUAGGUCAUGCCACUGUCAUGGCUGAUUGCAUGAAUGCUCUUAUUGGUGCUAUUUAUCAAGAACAAGGACAAGAUGCAGCAAAGAAAUUCAUUCACGAUUUCGUCUUGUCUCGCGAUUUUGAUGUCAAACCUGUCAUCAAGGUCGAGGAACCUAAACGUCAUUUAACUGCCUUAUUGAAACAAUUGAAUAAGGAACCUGCCAACUCUAGAUUGCUUUCUGAGACUGGUCGUGCUUCUUCUUCUCCUGUUUUCGUAGUUGGUGUCUUUUCCGGCAAGAACAAGUUGGGUGAAGGUUUCGGUAGUUCUCUCAAAAUGGCUGAAUUUAGAGCUUGUCAAGAUGCUUUAACAAGCUAUUAUGGUCAAGAACAAAAAGAUUUCACAUUGCCCUCUGAUGCUGAAAAUGUAGAUAAAUAUGUUGCCAACCCCUUGGGAAAUACUCAAGCUCUUAUUUAA